UUUCCUGAGUUGCACCUAGGGCCUUUGUACUUCUGCAUCCCAUCAGUCACUGGGUGUUGCCCGGGGUAGGGGAUGUUACCGUAGGGUGGAGUCAAACUUCUGAAAUGGGUGCUAAGUGAAGACUGUGGAUAGCAGCACUCUGAGUGUGGAGAUAAUAAACACUCCAUUUUGCUGAUAGGGAUUCUAGGGGUGGCAGAAGCCAGGGGAAAGGCCAGAGCACAGCAUCCACCACAAAGGUCCUUAGUUUGGACUUGAAUUUCUAUUUCCUACUGUGAAACUGUGAGAUAUCAUGAUAACACAUUUUGAACCUUCCAUCUCCUUUGAGGGCCUUUGCAGUGAAGUUCGAGACAUGUGUUCUUUUGAUAAUGAACAACUUUUCACCAUGAAAUGGAUAGAUGAGGAAGGAGACCCGUGUACUGUAUCAUCUCAGUUGGAGUUAGAAGAAGCCUUUAGGCUUUAUGAGCUAAACAAGGAUUCUGAACUCUUAAUUCAUGUAUUCCCUUGUGUACCAGAACGUCCUGGAAUGCCUUGUCCAGGGGAAGAUAAAUCUAUCUACCGCAGAGGUGCACGCCGCUGGAGAAAGCUUUAUUGUGCAAAUGGCCAUACUUUUCAAGCCAAACGUUUCAACAGGCGUGCUCAUUGUGCUAUCUGCACAGACAGAAUAUGGGGACUUGGACGCCAAGGAUAUAAGUGUAUCAACUGUAAACUCUUGGUUCAUAAGAAGUGCCACAAACUUGUCACAAUUGAAUGUGGGCGACAUUCUUUGCCACCGGAACCCAUGAUGCCAAUGGAUCAGUCAUCCAUGCAUUCAGACCAUGGACAGACAGUAAUUCCUUAUAAUCCUUCAAGUCAUGAGAGUUUGGACCAAGUUGGUGAAGAAAAGGAGGCAAUGAACACCAGGGAAAGUGGCAAAGCUUCAUCCAGUUUAGGUCUUCAAGACUUUGAUUUGCUUCGAGUAAUAGGACGAGGAAGUUAUGCCAAAGUCCUGUUGGUUCGAUUAAAAAAAACAGAUCGUAUUUAUGCAAUGAAAGUUGUGAAAAAAGAGCUAGUUAAUGAUGAUGAGGACAUUGAUUGGGUACAGACAGAGAAGCAUGUUUUUGAGCAGGCAUCUAAUCAUCCUUUUCUUGUUGGACUGCAUUCUUGCUUUCAGACAGAAAGCAGAUUGUUCUUUGUUAUUGAGUAUGUAAAUGGAGGAGAUCUAAUGUUUCAUAUGCAGCGACAAAGAAAACUUCCUGAAGAACAUGCCAGGUUUUACUCUGCAGAAAUCAGUUUAGCAUUAAAUUAUCUUCACGAGCGAGGGAUAAUUUAUAGAGAUUUGAAAUUGGACAAUGUAUUACUGGACUCAGAAGGGCAUAUUAAACUCACUGACUAUGGCAUGUGUAAGGAAGGAUUACGCCCAGGAGAUACGACCAGCACUUUCUGUGGUACUCCUAAUUACAUUGCUCCUGAAAUUUUAAGAGGAGAAGAUUAUGGUUUCAGUGUCGAUUGGUGGGCCCUGGGAGUACUAAUGUUUGAGAUGAUGGCAGGAAGGUCUCCAUUUGAUAUUGUCGGGAGCUCUGAUAACCCUGAUCAAAACACAGAGGAUUAUCUCUUCCAAGUUAUUUUGGAAAAACAGAUUCGCAUACCACGUUCUCUGUCUGUAAAAGCUGCAAGUGUCCUGAAGAGUUUUCUCAACAAGGACCCAAAGGAACGAUUGGGUUGUCAUCCUCAAACAGGAUUUGCUGAUAUUCAGGGGCAUCCAUUCUUUCGAAAUGUUGAUUGGGAUAUGAUGGAGCAAAAGCAGGUGGUUCCUCCCUUUAAGCCAAAUAUUUCUGGAGAAUUCGGUUUGGACAACUUUGAUUCUCAGUUUACUAAUGAACCUGUCCAGCUCACUCCAGAUGAUGAUGACAUUGUGAGGAAGAUUGAUCAAUCUGAAUUUGAAGGUUUUGAAUAUAUCAAUCCUCUUUUGAUGUCUGCAGAAGAAUGUGUCUGAUCAUCUUUCAUCUAUGCAUUCUGCUUAUGUUUCCAUUUAAUGCAUGAAUAAACUGUUACCAGCCUUUUCACUAACCAUUUCAUAUUUGUUAUCUACAGAAAUUCAUUAUCCUUUAUUAUAGACUGUAAGAAUCAAGUAUUACACCUAAAUGUAACUACAGAAAAGAAAUUAAGAUUAACUUCCGGACAAUCAUGUUGAAAUUUAGUUACAUGGUUCUUCAGAGGCCUCCUGAUGAGUAAUGAAGUUACCUAUUUGUUCAAAAGAAAUACCACAACUUUUCAAAGAAAGCAUCCGUUGCAUUAAAGCACAUGAGAGAUAACAUCAUAAGUUUCCCAUAAUUUUUGCCGUUCUGUGUUGUCAGUUUGAGGAUUUAAUUUUGGAAUAAAAGGUUAAUUUAAAAUACAGCAACUUUCUACAUUACCUCUUGGUUUUGGAAUUUAUGUUUCAAAAUACAGCUGUAAAUUUUAUUUCCUUGGAUAACUACUGAUUUUAAAGGUAACAGUCAC